CUCAAUCGAGGCCAAACAGAGACGACACUCGGCAGCUGGUUUGGAUUAAUUCUGGAAUAUGAUUUACAAAAUUUAUUUGGGAUUUAUGGGGCUUUUGGUCAUAAAUUGUGUGGAAGGACUUAACCAACCCAGGAAAGCUGAUUGCAAUAUUUCAUUUUCAACGGAUGGCAAAAGGGAACAAAAAUGCAGAUGUCCUGAAGCAAGAGAGAUUCUAGUGAAUCCAUAUGAAGGAAGACCAUUUGAAUUUUACUGUUUUCCAGUGGACUCCAAAUGUCGAAAUGGAUAUUUUGACAAUUCUUCAAACAAAUGUAAAUGUUUUCGAUACAAAAACCACGAGAAAGAUGAAUGUGAAAAGCUUAGUGACAAAUGCAGUCAGGGAUGUGAGAAUGGAAUUUGCAUAGCUCCGGGACGUUGUUCCUGUUCUGAAGGUUACUCUCUGUCAAAAUCGAAUAAGUGUGAACCAGUUUGCAGAGAAGGUUGUAAGAAUGGCUUCUGUAUGCUUCCGAAUUGGUGUUCGUGCAAGGCUGGUUACGUCCCAGUUGGAAUUAAUGAAUGUGCUCCAUUCUGUCCAGGUGGAUGUGAAAAUGGGGUGUGUACAGCUCCAGGAGUGUGUUUAUGCAAUGCGGGUUAUUCAAAGUUGUCUUAUUCGAAUGAAUGUAAGCCAUCAUGUCCAGAGGGAUGUCAAAAUGGAGUUUGUAUAGGGCCUGGAGUGUGUUCAUGUAACGCGGGCUAUUCGAUGUCAGAGAAAUAUGUUUGUGAACCAAUCUGUCUUGGUGGAUGUCAAAAUGGAGUUUGCAUAGCUCCUGACAGAUGUUGUUGCAAUAUUGGUUAUUCGCUGUCCGAAACGAAAAAUAUGUGUGAACCAGUGUGUCCCAAGGGAUGUAGAAAUGGAGUUUGCAGGGAGCCUGGGGAGUGUGCUUGUAAUGAAGGUUACUCCAUGUCCGCAGCCAAUAAGUGUGAAGCAGUAACUUUGGAGAUUGUUAAGUGACGAAAUGUUUGAUUUUAGUUGUUAACGAGAUUUGUUAGUGAGUUUUUAA